AUGGCCUCGCGUCCAACCUUCACAAAGCUCACGCCCAUGCUGCGACAAGCUCGCCCUGGCGCAUCACCACUCAACCGCGGCAGCCCCAUCCUGCAAGCCCUCCAAGCCUAUCGCCAACAACAGCAUUCACCGCUCCAACCCACCGUCACCGCGCGUUUCGCCCACGCCAUCCCGAAGCCGAAGGCGGCACGCGAGGCCGAAGCCAAGUCGCCCGCCCAGAUGCGCCUCGAGGCUUCGCCGCAUUACCAGCUCGACUUCACCUGCGUGCCUUGCGACACCCGCUCGCGUCACAAGGUCUCCAAGCAGGGCUACCACCACGGCUCCGUCCUCAUCACCUGCCCCUCCUGCCGCAACCGCCACGUCAUCAGCGACCACCUGGGCAUCUUUGGCGAUCGCAAGAUCACCGUCGAGGACCUGAUGCGCGAGAAGGGCCGCCUCGUCAAGCGGGGCACCCUGGGCGAGGACGGCGAUAUAGAGUUCUACCCUGACGAGGGCAUCGCCGAGGCCGAGGCCGAGGUCCAGUCUGCCGACACGAAGAAGGACGGCCCGGCUUGA